AUGAUAUCAAAAAGGACUGUACUAUCCAGCAGGAACAUUUUAACGAUUUUAGUGUUGCUGUACUAUUUUGGUGCUUCAGAAAGUUGUUGUUUGGAUUCCAGCUUGGAUUAUAUUUUUGAAGAUAUUCUAUCAGAUGUGUGUCCAAUUUUAUCAAGUGCGACAUCUAAAGUCAAAGAUUUUUUUCUUUCCUCGUCUUCAGAAGAAGACUGUCUCCUACCAUCCGACCUGAUCUCAGACAGUCUAAAAUGCGGACGCGAAAUCUCUCGAGAAGCGAAGAAAAGAGCUAAUCGUCUGGUUAAAAAUGGCGUCUGUCUGGAGGCCUGUUCUCCAUCGCUCCACCACUUCUUCUCUUCGAAGCUACCCAGUGAUAUCAAGAAGGCAUCUGACAUCUCCAAUGAGUUGAUCACAGCGACUAAGAUUAUGCAAAUGAAGUUAUGUUCGACGACAGAUGUCACUCCAAACACUUUCAUAUCGUUUUUGGAGAACCAAUGCGUGAAGCCGAGUGAGUUAUACUGUAAGCCAACCAGCGUGUCUUGUAUGGGCUCUGAUAAGUACCGCACUAUAGAUGGCACGUGUAACAAUCAACGACACCCAGCGUGGGGCAGGCGAGGCGCUCCAUUCACUAGGAUUACAACUCCAAGAUAUGCGGAUGGUAUCUACGCGAUGCCAGUUGCAACAAGCGGUCAACCGCUCCCGAAUCCUCGUAUACUAUCAACGCGGCUCUUUGCAGAUCGGUCAAUAUUCAGCCGCCUGCUAACUCACCUCAACGUUCAAUGGGGACAGUUUGUCACACAUGACCUUAUCUUCGCAGUUAUGGAGGUAACAGAUGAGGGUGGCAUCCAAUGUUGCUUAGGGAAUGGUCGAGACGUUCUUCCUCAAGAUAUGUUGAACGAUAAGUGUAUACCAAUAUGCGUACCAGAUGAUGACCCUUUUUACAAACAGAACGGUAUAAAGUGCCUUAACUUUGUGAGAAGUGUCACCACACCUAGAGAUGAUUGCAGUUUAGGUCACGCGGAGCAAAUGAACACUGUAACCAGUUUCUUAGAUGGAUCGCCUUUAUACGGUUCUGAUCCAAAACUUGCUAGCAAGCUUCGAACAAAAUGCGGUGGGAGAUUACGCGAGGAUACGAAGAAGAAUUGUAAAGGGGGUUUCUUGCCCUCAGUUGAUGACAAGCUCGCCGUUUGUGAUUUAAGAAAUGUAUCGGAGCCUUGUUAUUUGGCUGGAGAUAGCAGAAUUAAUCAAACACCAACUUUGGCUGUCCUUCAUACAUUGUUGCUCAGAGAACACAACAGGAUAGCAGACAUUUUGAGUUCGUUGAACCCAUUGUGGAGUGAUGAAAAAUUAUACCAGGAGACGAGAAAGAUUGUCAUAGCGGAAAUUCAGCAUAUUACUUAUCAAGAAUGGUUACCUCUGAAUUUUGGGGAAGGCUAUCUUCGCUACUACCGGAUAUCUCCCACAUCUCUCUACAGUCGUGACUACAAUGAGAAGGUGAAUCCAGGCGUCAUCAAUGGUUUCGGAGCUGCCGCCUUUCGAUUCUUACAUACCGUGGUACCUGAUACCAUAAUGAGUUGCCCUGCAAGUUACACAACUGCUUAUCUGUAUAAAUUAAGUGAUCAUUACUUCAAUCCGGGUUUGGUAGAGUCUACUCCAGAAUCUUUUGACGAUAUCAUCCGUGGUAUCGUCACCAACCGGGCUGGCGAGGCUGACCCUUACUGCACAGGAGAGAUAACUAACUUACUGUUCAAGUCCGACAACAAGUGGGGGCUAGAUCUCAUCGCUAUGGACAUACAAAGGGGGAGAGAUCAUGGCAUUGCUUCAUAUAAUGAUUACAGAGAAACAUGUGGCUUGAAAAGGGCAAAGACGUUCCAGGACUUGGCAGGUGAAAUGUCACAAGAACGGAUCAAUGCGCUUUCCAAAUUCUACGAAUCUGUGGACGAUAUAGACUUGUUUGUUGGUGGUGCUAUGGAGUCAGAUGUCCCAGGUUCCAUCCUCGGUCAAACGUUCCAAUGCAUUGUGGCUGAGCAGUUCUAUCGCACUCGUGUUGGAGAUAGAUAUUUCUAUGAUAACAGUGAAAUGCCACAUUCGUUCACUCCAGAUCAACUAAAAGAAAUAAAGAAAGCGUCUAUGGCUCGCUUAAUCUGUGAUAACACAAAUGUCAAAUACAUUCAGAAAAAGGCAUUCGAAUUGGAGAGUUCCUACAACCCGAAAUACAGCUGUGAUGAUUACAACGCCAUACCCUAUGUAGAUCUAACAGCUUGGAAGCGGCCUAAAUUUGAAUUAUAUGACUGAAGAUUUUAUUUAGAAAAAAAAAAAAAAAAAUUAUAU